UGGUGUAGGCCAAGUGAUCGUGAUCGUAAGUAGGCACAUACCAUCACAUCGGAGUAGUGCCUGCCACCGGUGAGGACGAAGGCGAAGAGAAGGGAGUAUACUGCCAAGUAGCCAUCGCGAGGAGAGAGUAGGGCUCUCGUCGGAAGGACGCUUCGUAGGUGAAGAUCGCAAGUAGAGAGAGAAUAGUGCUUAGCGUAAGAGGGCGAAGUUGACAACAGCGCCGAUGGCUCGAUCAAUGUUUGCCGUCGUGGCCGCCAUGGCGGCGUUGGUUGUCGUUUCGCUUUUGAGUGUUGCUGUCCCUGCAAGCGCGAAGCCGCCGAAGGUGACCAUCGACUCGGUCACCUACUUGGGCUCGGGCUGCAACUGGGAGAAUACCAACUACGUGCUGUCGAACGACUACUCGACCGUCACCUUCAUCUUCGGCGCGAUGGUUGCCACCACGGACGGAGGGCUGGCUAACAGGAGGAAGAACUGCCAGGCGUCGCUCGGGUUGAAGUACCCCAAGGGCUGGAGUCUGUCGCUGGGAAGCGUGACUGGGCGCGGCUACGGCAAGCUCGCUAAGGGCGUGAAGGGCACCUAUCAGACGAGCUACUACUUCUCCGGACAGACGGGGACCGCGUACGCCAAGCGCACUCUCAACGGCAAACUGGAGCUCAACUACGAGUACACCGACGUCUUCGGCCUGCUCGUGUGGAGCCAGUGCAACAGCGUGCCCAACCUGAACAUCAACUCCGAGGUGAGAGUCGACGGCCCGGCGGGUCGCGAAGGCAUCAUGACGCUGGACUCCACGGACAAGAAGUUCAAGCUCAUCUACCGCCUCAACUGGAAGACGUGCUGAUGAUGAGAGGC